AUUAACACCUACCAACCAUGCCAUUUCUACAACAAAAGAAAGUGGUUAUUUAAACCUAUGAUUCAUUGUUGCAUUGCAUAGCUUAUUAACCUUGUUGUCUUCCUUGUUCCUUACAUUGCUCAUUGUGUAGCUGAAAAUACAUUUCUGGGUUCGAACUAUCAUUACUAUCAUUGUUUCUUUUAGUUUUAAAGAGAAUUGGUGCUAUGAGUGAAAAUAAAGAUAUCCCAAAUAAAAGUAACAAUGAGGGACAAGGCUCAUCUAGAAUUAGAACUACUAGUGAGUGCUCUUAUACAAGUGACGAUGGAUCUUCUGGAUUUACAGGAAAACGUCAGCGCACAACUUCUCAUCAGUUCAUGGUUGCUAGUGGGUUGACUGCUGCAUCUCCACCAAAAUUUGUUUCAUUGGAGGAGAUCAUGCAAGCAGCUAAUGGUAUGAGAGAUAUGGCAUUGGUACAUCAAAUAGUGGUUGACAAGGAUUUUAGGUUAAAAAGAGCAGAGCCAGAACCUAAUAGUGUCCAGGGAAUAAUUAAGAAUACAAUGCACAAAGCAUUUUGGGAUAUUUUAAAACAACAGCUAAAUGAAGACCCUCCAGUUUAUACUCAGGCAUUUAAUCUUCUAGAAGAAAUUAAAGAAGGAUUGUUUGCUGUAUUAUUACCACAACACACAAGAAUUAAGCAACAAAUUUCGGAAGUUUUGGAUUCUGAUUUGAUAAAACAACAAGCAGAAAAUGGUACUUUGGAUUUUAAGAACUAUGCUCAAUAUGUGGUAUCCGUAAUGGCAAAAUUGUGUGCACCUGUACGUGACGAUAAAAUACUUGAGUUAUCAGAGACAGUGGAUGUCAUAGAGACUUUUCAAGGUAUACUCGAGACGUUAGACCUCAUGCAGUUGGAUAUGGCUAAUUUUACACUUCAAAUGGCUCGACCAGACAUUAUUGCGUGUAGUGUGGAAUUGGAAAGAAAGAAAUUUGCCGAUUAUCUUGCUGUACAAUAUGAUGGCCUUGAACAAACUCGCAAAUGGUUAUUAAGAUAUAUAAAUAGUGGUCAAGCUGUACCGGAGAAUGUGGAAUAUGAAAAAUUUAUAAAAGGUGUUUUCAAAUGGUCUUUCUGUCAAGCCUGUGUAGAAUUAAUCGAUUGGCCAAGUGACGAGGAAUAUCCUGAAACUUUUAUGUUAGAUGUGGACAGACUUAAAGAUUUACAUGUAAGGUGUUUUCGUCUAGUAUAUGUUGCAACUAUUCUUCUAGUCACCAUUAGUAACGCAGGAACUGACCUCCAAUCUAUAGCAGCAUUCAAGCAGUCUUUGAAGGAUCAUAUUUGCAUUUUACUAGAAAAUGUUAAGAAUGAAAGUGAACUACAAUCUACUUUACCCAAUAUCUGUGAGCAAGUAAUAAUAGACUUAAAAGAGGCACAGAAAAAGUAUGACCUUACACAAAUGCCACAAGCAGCCGAAUCUAAUCUCAGGGAACAAAUUUUAGAUAUUGGAAAAACAGAUCACAAAGUAAAAGGAAUAGUUCAACAAAGGGUAAAGGAUUUCUUUUUGGAUAUAAUAGAAUCCUCGACAGCUGCUCCCCAGAAGGUGCCAUCGGGAUUAUCAGCUUUACAAAAAGAAUUAGUUGAAAUUGCUGGUCAAUUUCUAAGAAUAGUAUCACACAACAGCACCGUUUUUUGCAACUACUACUACGAUAUUGUUGCCGCCGCUUUACCGAAAUCAUCAUAGACUAUUGCAUUUAUUAGAGGUUAUCUGUCAACUGUUUUUAGCUAAUUUAUGCUAUUGACUAACUUUAAUCGAUUAAACACCAACUAGUAAUUUUUAUUUCUUUUCUGAUACCUAAAACAAUUUUAUAAUGUAUGAUGUGUAAUUUUAUACAAAACAAAUAAUUCUUCCUAUAUUUUUGUGAUGUCCUAUCUAUUAAAAGUAAUGUUCGUGCA